AUAAAUCACAAUAGUAAAAAAAAGUGAAAAGGUAAACAAAACAACUGAUAGUAAUUAAUUGACUAAGGACGAUAUAAACUUACUUUAUUACAUCUAAAUAAAACGUGUUAUUAAAUUUAAUAUAUGAUAUUGUGAAUAAUUACUACAAAAUGCAUGGAGCAAGACCUAAGUUUAUAAAACCUGGUGAUGAGUCACUCUAUCCUUCAAGAAAUAGUGAUGGAACCAUAGAAGUACUCACAAAUCCAUCGCUAGAAUCAGCAUUGAUAACGGAUAACGAUUCAAAAACAACAUUUGUAUAUAACCGCUACCACCACCUUCCGUUGGAGGUUCAACGCCAGAAGUUACCGGUGUUUCAGUACAGGAAUCAUAUAUUGUAUUUAUUGGAGAAUUAUCAAACUUUGGUGUUGAUUGGUGAGACUGGCUGCGGGAAGUCUACUCAAGUUCCUCAGUAUCUCUACGAGAUCGGUCACAGAGUGUGCGUCACCCAACCUAGAGUCGCAGCGGCUUUGACUCUCGCUAACAGAGUAGCAGACGAGAGGGGCGUCCAACUUGGAGGGGAGGUGGGGUGCGCGGCGUCUAUGACAUCUAUAAGGACGCCCGAUAGCGGCAUUGUGUUCAUGACCGAAGGAGUCUUACUCCGGGAGAUGUUCGCGUCACCGCUUCUUAUGCAAUAUUCCUGUAUCGUUCUGGAUGAGGUACACGAAAGGACACAAAUGACAGAUGUAUUGAUGGGUCUACUCAAGAAAAUAGCAAGAAAACGCAAAAACCUAAAGCUCGUAAUAUCGUCGGCAACGAUGGACGCGGAUUUCCUCAAAAACUUCUUUGAUCUGUCAAACAAGGGAGGGAGUAGCACUUCUGUCAUUAUGUCAAUACAGGGACGAACUCAUCCUAUAGAUAUUUUCUAUGUUGAAGAGCCAGUUCCUGACUACGUGAACGCUACAAUAGACACAGUGAUCAAAAUACACGAAAACGAACCUUUUGGAGAUAUUUUGGCGUUUUUGACAUCACAGGAAGAAAUCUUAACAGCACGAGAAACGCUAAAUCUUUAUGCGGAGCAAAAUAAUGAGAAAAAUAAGCAUCGCAAAUUCUUCUCCAGCGGGAUACAGUCGGCUGAUAUGGAAGUAUUGCCUAUGUAUGGUAGUCUUCCGCAUUAUGCUCAGGUGAAGGUAUUCCAGAUGAGGAAUCAGAAUGUAAGAAAAGUGAUAUUAGCCACGAACGUGGCCGAGACCAGUGUCACAAUACCCGGAAUCACUUAUGUGAUUGACAGCGGAUUUCACAAAUUGGCAUAUUUCGACCCAGUGGUGGGCGUGCAGUGCGUGCGCGCGGCGCCCGUCUCCAGGAACAACGCAACGCAACGCAGCGGACGAGUGGGGCGCGCGCGCAGCGGGAAAUGUUACAGACUGUAUACAGAAGAACAAUACGACAAACUACCUGUGUGUGUUCCGCCUGAAAUGUGUAGAAGCGAUCUGUCGUCUAUGUUGUUACAACUGAAGGCUCUUGGUAUUAACAACGUAUUAAAAUUCACAUUCCCGACUCCACCGCCAGCUAAAUGUCUACUAUCAGGUCUAGAGACACUAUACGCCCUCAAAAUUAUAGAUAAACAAGGAAAUUUAACUGAAAUCGGCAAACAAGCCGCUGAGUUACCUUUAAAACCGAUGUGCGCCGUUAUAUUGUGUAAUGGAGGUGAGUUCGGCUGUAUACAGGAGAUAUUGUCUAUAGUGGCAAUGUUACAAGUGGACAACGUUUUCAUAAAACCCAGCGGAAAACAGAAUAUGGCCGCCAAAAUAUCGAGGAGGAAUAAUUUUGAGGUGGCAGAAGGGGACCUAAUAAUGUAUUUGAACAUAUUUGAUGCGUAUCAGAAGGUGAAAUUAACACAUACUGAGGAGAAGAAAGCUAUAAAGGCGUGUAAAGACUGGUGCAACAAAAUGUAUCUUAAUUACAGAGUUAUGGAGAAGGCAGCGGAAAUCAGAGACAGUCUGGAAAAAUUAAUUAAGACUAAAUUCAAAAUUGAAAACAAAAUUUACGAAGGCGUGGAAUUGGGACCAGCCAAAUGCGAACGAAUAAUGAAGUGUGUAGUAUCAGGACUGUUCCCGCAAUCGGCAUUUUUAUACACGGAUAGCUCUUAUAGAGGAAUUCGGGGAGCUACGUUGCAUAUAAGUCCUGACAGCUGUUUAUAUAAUACACAGCAGCCUCAAUGGUUAGUAUUCGCCGGAGUACAAAGUACGGGUGACAAGAUAUACAUGCGGCAAGUUAUGACGAUAAAGAAAGAAUGGCUGACAGAGUUAGCUCCCCAUUAUUAUGUCGAGAAUUAAGUGGUUUUAGAUUUCAUAGUGUUAGCGGACCCUGGGCUCAGACGCCCAACGGCUGAGGAAGUGAAUAGACUCAGAUGAGUGAGAGAGAGUUUGUGUAAAACUGUAUUUUAUAUAAAUAAAGUAAAUAAAUUAAAUAUGUUAUUGAAAGAAAAAAA